AUGUUACGCUCUUUAAAUGCCUCAAGUCAACUUUCGUUAACGCAAUGCAUUCGACCAGAGCGAUGGAUAGGUGUAUCUACCCUCAUCUUUCGUCGAUACCGCUCUGGCGGUCAUUCCAAACGCAAACCCCAAAUUAACCAUGCUAAAGGACGCCCAUCCAUGGAUUUACGGCUAGACCACAUGUCACCCAGAUUUGAACCUCCACAACAUCCCUGGCGAGCUUCACAUCACUCUGAAUUUCGAGGAAACCACCGUGACGGUUUUGGCCAUGUCACCAAACCAGCGGUAAUCCCAGUCAUCUCGAAGGCAGACGAGCUGCCGUAUUUCCACGACAACGUCGCUUCGUGGACCGAAAACUCAAAGACGCAGGAGCGCCUGGCGCUUUUCGGUAUCCCAGGCCGGGAUGCACGAAAGUUGCUCGACACCUUUGUCGACGAUGUCGAGGCGGGGUUUCUUUCUGGUCCCAAAGAGUACAUUCACUACGGCCUUGAACGGUUCAGCCAUCAACAAGACGAUAAAAGCAUAGAUGUGAUCUAUAGCACUAUCUUCUUCUCUUGGGCGUCGCGGCCAGAAAAUCUCAAGCGCUUGGAGACACAGUUUGGCGUACAGACAAGCACACUUGACAGGAUCGCAUCUCUCACGAAGGCGACGAAUCGAGAGUUUCUAGGGGACGAGUUCCCGCAGGCGCGCACCUUUCGGCGCAAGUUUAUCAUGCAUGUCGGGCCGACGAACAGUGGAAAGACCCAUCAUGCUUUGCGAGCGUUGGCAGCUGCCCACUUUGGAGUGUACGCUGGACCUUUACGCCUGCUUGCGCACGAAAUCUGGCAUCGUUUGAACACCGGACAGAUUGUACCCUUGGGUGUCGAAGUGGACCCAAACGAUAAGGCGGCGUAUGGUCCGAAACCAGAAUAUAUCAGGUCUUGCAACAUGAUCACGGGCGAGGAGCAAAAGAUGGUGGAAGGUGCGACAUUGCUCAGUUGUACCGUUGAAAUGCUCUCGUAUGCGACCAAGUACGACGUUGCUGUCAUCGAUGAAAUUCAGAUGAUUGGCGAUGACAUCCGUGGGGGUGGAUGGACGAGUGCCGUGCUCGGUUUGGUUGCGAAGGAAAUCCAUCUUUGUGGUGAAGAAACCGCGAUUCCUGUUGUUCAAAAUCUUCUCGAGCACACGGGAGAUGAACUCAUCGUAAAGCGGUAUGAGCGUCUCACGCCUCUGACCGUCGAAAAUAAAAGUCUCCAAGGCGAUGUCACUAACGUCCGGAAGGGUGAUUGUAUCGUUACAUUCAGCCGACGGAGCAUCUUCGAUUUGAAAAAAACUGUUGAAAAUCGGACGGGUCUUAAAUGUGCAGUCGUCUAUGGUCGUUUGCCCCCUGAAGUUCGUAGCGAGCAGGCAUCAUUAUUCAACGAUCCCGACUCUGGAUUCGACGUUAUGAUCGGGAGCGACGCCAUUGGGAUGGGUCUCAACUUGAAGAUUAAGCGUGUGAUAUUCGAGGCACUAUCUAAAAGGCAAGGAGGUGCUACGAUUUCGCUUCCAGUUUCCAGCAUAAAGCAAAUUGCUGGACGUGCCGGACGAUAUGGGUUACAUGACUCUGAUUCGGGGGGGACAACGACUACUUUGUUUGAUGGAGACUUACGUCGUCUUCGCAAGACCCUUCCGAUGCCGUAUCAGCCUCUUUCCUUUGCCCGCAUUGGCAUACACGCGCUGAUCGUUGCAAAGGCUCUAGCCAUUCUGCCUCCUGGGACGACCGUCCGCACCGCCGUCAGCGCAUCCGAGUACAUCGGCCGCAUCCCAACUCAUGUCCGAUACAUGGAGUUCAGUCAAACCGAUCAAGCAUACGACUUCAUCGACAAGGAGUGGCCGCAGAUGAGCAUUGAGGAUAAGGUGCAAGUUUUGUAUGCCCCGAUCCCUUGGAGGGACAUCCACACAACCAGAAUUAUUAAGCGGCUGUUACGGGCACACCAGGAGAAAUUUUCAGUCACGCUUCAAGAUAUCAACGACAGCGAGCCUUUUAUGGACACAAUGGAGAGUAUUGAGCGCCAUAUCUCGAAAUUGAAUGUCAACGAACAGCCAAUGACGAAGCACACGCAAUCCCGCGCGAAAUUCAAGGCGUCGCUGGACAAGCUGAAUUUCCUGGAGUCGUUCCACAAAAUUCUUGUAUUUUAUUCCUGGAUGAGCCUCCGAAACUCUGUGGUCUAUGCUGACAGUUCGGUUGAGACUGUCAAGGAACGUUUGGAAGAUGUGCUUAACUGGGUGCUGGUGGAUAUGUCGAGGGAUGGAACUUCGUCUGCGACAGAGCUCGAGGACGUUCGUCCGGCGCUUAUUACUCCUGAGUUGUUGCCCGAGACAAACUUGCAGCACGCCCAAUGCGCUGUUUAA